UGUGUUCCAACGAUGUCCUUCUUCCACUGUCUGAAAUUGACACUCCAUUAAAGGAAGAUCUUCAUCACUGUCUUCAAUGGCAGCAGCAUCAGCCAUGGAAGAUCACAUCGGCUGCGGCUUCCUCGCCGCCAUUUUUCGCCGGAGACAAUUCCGGCCAAGACCCGCCGCCCUGUUUCCCGAAAGCCGAUGUCCUAAACGUCACCUCGCCGCCUCCGGCUCGCCUCGCCGGAAAAGAUCGUCGCCGUCAAACGACAGCAAUCGUCGUCAUCGGGGUACCGAAUUGGAUUCCCAACUGGUGAAUUCGCCGUCGAACAUCCUCCGCCGACGCCGCCGCGAACCGACCUCCGCAUCGAUUUCCGAUCUGCAAAAAUCGAACGACGGGAGCCUCCGCCGUGCUUUGACCGGGAAUGCGAUGGUUUUAGGCCGCGGGAACGGCGCGGCGGGCGAGGGAAAAGUUGUUAAGAAGAAAGUUGAGAAGUCGACGGGGUAUCGAUUGGGGAACGUGUAUCGGUACCAUAGCCCGCCGACGGACGGGUUAAGUCCGGCCGACGGGUUCAAGUGGUUAGGGAAUGAGAAGUACCGGCAAGGGAAGUACGAGGAGGCGUUGGCAUUGUAUGACCAGGCGAUCGCCGUCGAUCCAAGCAACGCUUGUUAUUACGCCAACAAGAGUGCGGCGUUGAUUGGAUUAGGCCGCCUUCUCGAGGCGGCCGUCCCGUGUAGAGAGGCGGUCCGGCUUGAUUCGUUGUAUUAUAAUGCUCAUUACAGACUCGCUACGUUGUAUUUAAGAUUCGGAGCGGGCGAGAAAGCCAUGUACCACUACAAGUGCUCGGGACACAAAGCACGGGACGACGACAUUGCUCGGGCGCAAGGUGUCAAGGAUCGCAUCGACUGUUGUGUGGAAGCUCAGGACCGCGAAGAUUGGGAAACCGUAAUGAGCGAGGGACAAAGCGCUUCGGCAUUAGGCGCAGAUUCCGCUCUGCAGAUAUUCUCGAUGAAGGCCGAGGCGCUAUUGAACCUCGGCCGUCACGACGAGGCCUACGCCGUCAUGCAAGAUUCACCGUUCUUUAACAUCGACGCCUACGCCGAACUGUUCGGCUCCUCCGCUACAGCCAACGUGCUGCAAGUCCGCGCGCUCGUAUACGCGGCAAACGGAAGGUUCGAGGAUGCGGUGAGCGACGUUCGACGAGCUUUGCGGUUUGAAUCGAGCGACGACGGUGUGAAGUUAACUGCGGAGAGGGUAAGAGCUGUAGCGUCCGCUCGGUUAAACGGCAACCGGAUGUUCGAGGGGUCGAGAUUCUCAGAAGCCUUGACGGCGUACAAUAAGGGGCUAGAGAAAGAUCCGCGCAACUCGAUUUUGCUCUAUAAUCGAAGCGCUUGCCGCGCAAAAUUAGGACAAUUCGAGAAUGCCGUGGAAGAUUGCACGGCGGCUCUCGCCAUCCGGCCGUCGUACACAAAGGCGAGGCUUCGUAGAGCCAAUUGUUACACUAAGUUGGAGAAAUGGGAGGCGGCGGUCGGAGAUUACGCGGUGCUGAUUCGAGAGAUUCCGGCCGACGAAACGAUAACGGCGGCGAUGUCCGAAGCGAAGGCGCGUUUGAAAAGCAUCCAACACGGGCGUGUUGUUGGCCGUGUUUGAGGUUAAUGCUAGCAGAAUGUUUCACUAAAGGAAGAGAGACUUGUAAUACGG